GAUUUGGUAGUGAAAUGUCAGAAAUUUAGGAUGUGUGAGAGCAAAUUUGCAAAGCUAGAAGAUGCUUGGUGAUGAUGAUCACAGUUUGGAUUAUAUUGAGGAUCCUUAUUUCAACCCUCAAUCUACUACUUUAACCCCAAGCCUAGAUGAACUUGACUUGGAUGAAUUUGAUCUGCUAGAAAAUGAAUUAGAUAUCUUUGACCUGAGACAACUAGAUUUUGAUGAAAUCAACAAUAGUGAAAACUCUGUUCUAGAAGAAGAAUCUGAGUCUGUGAAUGUUGAAGCUGAAUUUUUCAGUGUUAAGAGAGCUAAUGCUAUUGUAAGAACUUUUUUCAGAAAUAAAUUGAAGAGGCAAGUCCGUGUAACAUACUGUGAUCUCACCAAACCUUACCUUGCUAAGCUACCAAAAGAUAACAAUUUUAGAAAAUAUUUAGACAUCUGUAACAAUGAAGAAGCAAUGGCUGGUAUUGACCAUGUGGCACCUGACCUAUCUCAUCUCUCAAAUGAGGAGCGUGUAGAGCAGGAAAAACUUUGGCGUGAAGAAUUGGCCCAAGUUGAAGAUGAAAUUGCUACCCUGAGAACUGUCCUUCAGGCUAAAAUGAGGCGUAGUGCUGAGCUGAAACGCAAUUUGGGCAUAACUGUCUGGAAGGAAGUCUCAGAGGAUAUCAACCAAGGCAUUAAAAAUGUCAAAGAAAGCAAUGUAUAUCAAUCAGUGGAAACAAAGGUAGGACAAGUGACCAAAGCUGUGACAGAUGCUCCAAUUUAUCAGAAAACUUCUUCUAUAAUUGGUGGCAUCACUGGCAACAUUACAACCAAAAUUGGACAAAUGCGACAUUCAGAAUCCUUCAAGUCCAUUGAAGAGAAAGUGGGUUCAGCUUAUGAAAAUGUGAAGACCAAAGUUGUUUCUCGCUCGGGCUCCCAGCAGAGCCUAGACGAUGUGGGUCGCUCCAGGUCAGGCUCAGCCGUCACGAGCCCCACCAUUCCCGAGGAGAAACCAUUGGCAUAGGAUGAGGAACUGUUUAUCUUUAGUUCUUUAAGAAAAAUGCCAACCGAAAAUGCCUUCUUAGCUCGCUAGGGAAAUCGAUUCUGAAAUUUCUCAAAAGGGUAGGUUCGGUUCCAGCUUUCAAUAGUGUUGUACUUCAUUUCUACUUGUAACUUUUCGAUACGAUGGGAUUUUCGUUUUCUGUCGAAUGGUGGCGCUUUUCACUUAUCACUUGUUGCAUAACCUCACAUAACCUCUAAGGGAAAGAAGUGAAUGCCACUUGUACGUUUUAUGUCACCGUUACUCACAGGAAAAUUAAUCAGUUUGAUUUCUCUUUGGGGUUAAAGGCUCAAUAGGUCAAACAGGGUGAUUCAGAUGUUUACAGUAGAACCAUCACCAGAUAACUGCAAUACCCUAUAUAAAGGUUGGUGUUUGAUUAGAAAGUAAAAACGUAUGUUAAUGUUCCUACAAUUGGAGGAUUGAAUUAUAACAAUCCUGAAAUAUCUUGGUGAAUUACCCCUAAGAGCAUAUAAUUCAGUUGGAUAUGUCAAUAAAUCUGUAAUUACAGUGUCAUGUCAAUUUGCAAUAAUUAGAGUUCAUACAGAUAUUCCGGACAAACGUUAUUCUAAUUCUACAAAUACACAUUAUUUCUUAGCAGGGUUUUAGUCACUCAUGGGAAACUUUCCAGUGGCUAAAAAUCCACUCAAUUGUUGGAUAAAAUUAAUAUUUACUUUCAACUUUGACAUCCUCAGUCUGGAACUGAAAUAUGCGUUUCUGCGAAUCAUUUAAUGAGACAUCUGAAUCACCCUGUAUAAGUUAUUCAAUCCCGGUGAUUUUCGUGCGAUUGUUGAAUAAAUGAAAUUAACUAUUCGGUCUGAUUUACUGAUCACAAAGUUUAUGAUUCACCGAAAUGAUAGGACAAAUAAAAGAACAUUUAUAUUCCUUGGUAGAAAAACUUUGAAAUUCGUUUUGUGUACAAACUUCUAUUUCUUUAUUUCCGUUAGCAUUCCUAGAGUAACUAUUCCAAUGAGAUUUGAAUAUUUUCUAAAAAUGAAAACAAAGCAGUUGCUAGAAUUUUCCUGAAUAUUAAAUUGUGCAGUUUUCCUACCAAGAUAUUUUGUACAGUUUAAGUUUAGUUGAAUAAUAAAACAUGUGUAAAAAAUGUAUUUUUUCAUAACUAUAUGAUUAGCUUUAAGAAUUAAUUCCUCUUGAUGUAUUUUAAUACCUAAAAGGUCUACUAUCUUCAUAAAUAUACUAUAAUUUAUU